CUCUCUCUCUGCGCUUUGUUGCAAUGGCUUCCCUUCAUCUCCAUCUUCUCUGCAUUGCCUCACUCGCCGCGCUCCUCAUGGUGGCUAAUGCUAGAAUCCCAGGUCCUUACACCGGUGGGCCAUGGCAGGACGCCCACGCCACCUUCUAUGGCGGCAGCGACGCCUCUGGAACCAUGGGCGGCGCGUGUGGGUAUGGAAACCUCUACAGCCAGGGCUACGGAGUCAACACUGCAGCACUGAGCACGGCUCUGUUCAACAAUGGCCUGAGCUGCGGUGCUUGCUUGGAGCUCAAGUGCGGCAACGACCCCAGGUGGUGCACUCCUGGAAAGCCUUCCAUCUUAGUCACCGCCACCAACUUCUGCCCUCCCAACUUCGCUCAGCCCAGUGACAAUGGUGGUUGGUGCAACCCUCCCCGGACUCACUUCGAUCUUGCCAUGCCCAUGUUUCUUAAGAUCGCCGAGUACAAAGCCGGAAUCGUCCCCGUCUCUUAUCGCCGGGUCCCAUGCAGAAAGAAGGGAGGGAUCAGGUUCACAAUCAACGGCCACAAGUACUUCAACCUGGUCUUGAUCACCAACGUCGCGGGCGCAGGGGAUAUCGUGAGCGUGAGCGUGAAGGGCACCAACACCGGCUGGAUGCCGAUGAGCCGGAACUGGGGGCAAAACUGGCAAUCCAACUCCGUCCUUGUGGGCCAGGCCCUGUCCUUCAGAGUCCGAGGCAGCGACAGGCGUAGCUCGACCACCUACAACGUGGCGCCAGCUAAUUGGCAGUUCGGGCAGACCUAUUCCGGAAAGAAUUUCCGUGUCUGAGGAAAAAGCUCACCCAUUAUCUUACCGCUUUUAUUUACUUUUUAACUUUUGGUUCAAUUUCGUUUUCCCGCCUUCCGGCGUUUCCCUCUAUUUUGCCGGGAAAAUUGGGAGUGGGGGGAGUAAAGUGAUAGAGAGAAGAAUUGUGGGUAGGACAAGAAAAGCAAGGAAAGGGGGAGGAGGAGGUGGGUGAUAAUUUAGGGUUAGGAAAGUGACCAAGUCCAAGUGUGUCGGUUGGUACUUUUUUUUUUAUUACU